UAAAAUGUUCGGAUUUGGAGGCGGUGGCGCAGGCCCUUCUCAUGGAGGAGGAGCAGGAGUUUUCAUGAAGACUUAUAAGGUGUACUCCAAUGCCUUUAUUGGUAGAGAUGAUAUUAAUAAAGGAAACAAGAUUAUCCUUCCAGGAUCAGCUCUUCACGAACUUGCUCAUCUUCAUAUCACCUAUCCAAUGACCUUUAGAGCUGUUAAUACCCAAUUGAAGAAGAAAACUUACUGAGGUGUUCUUGAAUUCGUUUCCGAAGAAGGUACAUGCUAUAUGCCAUACUGGAUGAUGGAGAAUUUAAUGAUUGGAGAAGGCGAUGAAAUCAUGAUAACUAGUGUAUCUUUACAAAAAGGAACUUAUGUGUCGAUCCAGCCUCAUGAGACUGCAUUUAUUGACUUGUAUAACCCAAAGGCUAUCUUGGAAACUGAGCUUACUAAUUAUUCAUGCCUGAUGGAAGGAGAUACAAUCAACAUACACUAUCAAGGGCAAGAUUUCUUAAUAGAUAUCGUAGAAUGCAAACCUGAGAAGCAAAUUUGAGUAGUAGAAGCUGACUUAAAUCUCGAAUUCAAAACUCCAAAAGACUACAAAGAAACCCCAAAGCUGUCAAAGAAGACCUCUAAACUUGUUGUUGAUGAGAAAAAGAUCAAGGAAAUGAAGUUUGAUGACAAGUUCACCAGGAUUGAUGGAAAGAAGCUCACAAAGAAACAGAAAGAAAAGCUAUUUAAAAAGGCUCAUGACAAAUCAAAAGAAGAUGGGUAUGAUCCUAGAAAGCAUAAGCUGAAGCAUGGCAUCAAGAACUAUGAUGAGAGAAUGAGAAAGAGAAAAGAGAUGCUGGAUAAAAAGGCUAAACGCAUUUAG